AGGUCCAGAUCAUCUGUGCUGUGUGUUCAGAUGUGCAUAUAUUUCUUCUAAGUUGAUUAAAGUUUUAGAACUAUCAAGUACCUCAAAGACAUGUACUGUAUGGAAAAAUUGUCAAUUGUGCACAGAAAAUAAUAAAAACUCAAGUCUAUAUUGCUGGAAGACCACACACGAUUUACAUUCCUCGUGGGACUGCUCCUGGCAAGUAUUAUAAUUUGUUUGAUGAGGUGCCCCAGACUCUUUCAGUAACUCACAGCUUAUAUAAUGAAUAGAUAACUGAAAAGCUAGAUCAUCCAGAGAGAGAAGAAGGAAGUUUCUUCAAUGAUACUGGUAAGAACACUUCAAAGACGUGAAUGGGAUUAAUUCAGGACUGUUGUUCCUGACAGAUAAGCCAGUCUACCUGCUGUUGAAUGAUGUGCAAAAAAGAUAUUGGCUUUGAAGAAAGACGACAACACCUUUGAUGAGCCUCGUCCCUGAACUAACCGACCAGCACCGUUUUCCAGUUGCUGGGGAUGCUGUUUUAACGCAGAUAUGUGUCACAAAGAUGUCUACACGGAACUGCCCGGGAAUGGACUCAGUGAUCAAACCCCUGGACACAAUUCCUGAGGAUAAAAAAGUCAGGGUUCAGAGGACACAGAGCACUUUUGACCCAUUUGAGAAACCAACUAAUCAAGUUAAGAGGGUGCAUUCUGAGAACAAUGCUUGCAUUAACUUUAAGGCCUCCUCCACUGGCAAAGAGUCUCCUAAAGUUCGGCGGCACUCCAGCCCCAGCUCGCCAACAAGUCCCAAAUUUGGAAAAGCUGACUCAUAUGAAAAACUGGAAAAACUAGGAGAAGGAUCUUAUGCUACAGUAUACAAAGGAAAAAGCAAGGUAAAUGGAAAGUUGGUAGCCCUGAAGGUGAUCAGGCUGCAAGAAGAAGAAGGUACACCUUUCACAGCUAUCAGGGAAGCUUCUCUGUUAAAAGGACUGAAACAUGCUAACAUAGUGCUGCUUCAUGACAUCAUCCACACCAAGGAGACGCUGACACUUGUGUUUGAAUAUGUGCAUACUGAUUUAUGUCAGUACAUGGACAAGCACCCUGGGGGGCUGCAUCCAGAUAAUGUGAAGUUGUUUUUAUUUCAGUUGCUGCGAGGGCUGUCUUACAUCCACCAGCGUUAUAUUUUGCACAGAGACCUGAAACCACAGAACCUUCUGAUCAGUGACACGGGGGAGUUAAAGCUGGCAGAUUUCGGUCUUGCAAGAGCAAAAUCCGUCCCUAGCCACACAUACUCCAAUGAAGUGGUUACCUUGUGGUACAGACCUCCAGAUGUCCUCCUGGGCUCGACAGAAUAUUCCACCUGCCUUGACAUGUGGGGAGUCGGCUGCAUCUUUGUUGAAAUGAUCCAAGGAGUUGCUGCUUUUCCAGGAAUGAAAGACAUUCAGGAUCAACUUGAACGAAUAUUUCUGGUUCUUGGAACGCCAAAUGAGGACACGUGGCCUGGAGUUCAUUCUUUACCACAUUUUAAGCCAGAACGCUUUACCCUGUACAGCUCUAAAAACCUUAGACAAGCAUGGAAUAAGCUCAGCUAUGUGAAUCAUGCAGAGGAUCUGGCCUCCAAACUCCUACAGUGUUCCCCAAAGAACAGACUGUCAGCACAGGCCGCCUUGAGCCACGAGUAUUUUAGUGACCUGCCCCCACGGCUAUGGGAACUGACUGAUAUGUCUUCUAUUUUUACCGUCCCAAAUGUAAGAUUGCAACCAGAAGCUGGAGAAAGUAUGCGGGCCUUUGGGAAAAACAAUAGUUAUGGCAAAAGUCUAUCAAAUAGCAAGCACUGAUGCGCACAGCAGUCUCAAGAGAGCACAGGAUUAAGUUGUCAUCAUUCUGGGAAGGAAAAAAAACCAUUAAUGAAGUGGCCAAUAAUACGAAGGGAAUCACGGAUCAGUCUCCUUUCACUCCCUGUGGUGGAUUUCACUUACAAGAAAAUUGAAGCUGGCAAGACCUGUUUUCUCUGCAAUUUAUUUAAAACCUUGCACGCAUUUGGAUACCUUGUGAUUUCCAAGAACUAUGUGAAGAUUAAGUUUUGCUUACUGAUACAUGGCAUGUAUUCUUCUCAGUCUUUUGUGUUUGAUUUUUUUUGAUUUCCCUCUGCACCACGGCGUCUCUGUAAAGGUUUUUAUGCUUUCACCAGCCAUGUCUUAAAUACAUUAAGACAACACACUCAGUGUUCACACUUCUUCAGUAAUGUCUGUACUUGAAAGCCACAUAGUGGCAUAAAACAAUGUGUGUUUUCUUUGAGAGCAAUGCACAUUUUGCAACCACCAGGAAGGAAAACUAUAGCUAAAAAACACCCAUGUUCUCUGACUGACUUGACACCUUGGUCCCUGGCCAUGGGACCCCACUUGUCUCUUUAAGGACAUUGGCAAAUGUGUGUUUUUGUUUUGUUUUUUUUCUUGGAAAUAACUGCACACUUAUAUAGGAUAUCAGAAUCUGCUUAGCAUUUUCAAGCCACAUAGCAUGACUGUUCUCCGAGCAGGUUGGAAGUGAAGAAACAAAUAUGAAGCAUUAAGAACAAAGACAGGGAUAAAUCACUUCCUUUUGAACCUCUAGAAAUUGAGGUAGCUUUUUAAAUGCUUUCUGGGUCUUGUCAACAGCUUAUCUUUUUCCAUCCACUUUGUUACGCUUUGUGAGUAUUUUCUAAAUGGUGAAAAGAGUGAGGAACAGAAUGUUUGUUUAAAGCACGGGUGCAAAAGAAUUGUAUCUGCUAGAUGAGCCCUGAAUGCUGUCUUUACUAGUCAACAUUUAAAAAGCAAAUUACAAAGCUAUCCGGAGUUUGAAAUUUGCUCAUUUACACCAAAACACCUUUGAACUACAUUUUUCUAAACAUUCCAGGCUAAUUGGAAGGCAUCAUUGGGUACCCUAACUUUAAGCAGUCUCCAGGAAUAACUGUUCGGACGCAGGUUUUAGAAACAAGGCAGGAGUCUUGCUUUAAAGAUGGAAAAGGGAAAAAGGAAAGGCCCGGCUUCCCUUGUUUAGGAGAGAGAGACCUUGGAGGAUGAAGGCGAGUAUGUGACGUGGAGGGGAAGGUGGAUUAGGCAUGCGCGUGCUUUGAUCCAGAGGGAGAGCUGCCUGGCGCAGGUCUGUUCCCGGUGGGGCAGGCCUCACUGCAGACCCCAAAUAACACUGGGGCAGCUAGGAAACUUCAUCUCGAGCAUGAAACCUAGCUCCUGAGGACACCAGUUCUUAUGGAAAUACCUUCGUGUACAUUGUUUUACAUUUCCUAGUAGAGAGGAGGAGAGGCUGAGAACUUGAAACGUGUCGCACUUUCUAGGAUCAAGAGUAGGAAUUAUGAGCCAGUUUGACAAAAACUUUCCCUGAGAGUCAGGUGAAGGAAAGGCUUUUCUAUAGUCACCCAGUAUACCUAGGAAAUUGGACCCAGAAUUUCUAAACAUUAAAACAGUACUUCCCCUGGAGUGGGGUGUGAGUAUAGAUGUCAGGUCACAAUCCAUCUUGUCCAAAGUAGUAUUCAUUGUAAGCUUCUAAGUGCUAAGCGAGGAAUUAUUUACUGAUUGAUUUUAAAGAGUGGAAAAGUUAUCCAAGGCCAGAAUGCUUACUGUUCACUACCUAGAAAUACUUCCCAUUCUCCUUUCAUACAUUCCAACUCUUUGGCAGUCUUUAGAGGUAUUUUGAUUUAACAUGUAUUUACAUUAGGAUUUCUUAAAGUAAAUGUGGAGAGAAAACUUUACGUGCAAUCAAAAAACGGCCUUUCCUGUGAUUUAUUUUGAAUUAUUCAUUUGGGGGAGAGGCAUAACUUUUGUACUUAAUGAAGUUUAAACCAAGGGCUGAUGAUGAUUCAGUCUUGCUAUGUAAUAAGCUUUCUAACUUGAAAUUUUGAAAAUAUUUAAUGUUUAAAGACUUCAAUUAGAAAUGUUAGAGUUAUUCAGAGAUACAUGCCCCCGUCAUUGGCAGCUUCUCUUGGGAAAUGAAACGUAAUACUUCUCAGUGGGGGAGGUAAAUCUGUUUUAUUACAGAGACAUAUGUCUCAGAAGGGUCUCAUUUAGGAGGUUUUAGGUUCCCCAUGCUUGCCAUUGGUGCAGAACAUCAAAGUUUACUUUGUCUCUCUCUUUCCUCUCCCAUUUGCGAACACCUUCUUUUUUUUUCCCUCCUCUCGCUGAGGACAGCCAUGAAAAUCACUACAGACUGUGUUCAUGAACAGAUUUACUAUUCUAUUGAGAAAGCACUGGAAUGUUUUGUGAGAUUAUUUUUAUAUGAAGGAGUAGCUUGAAUUCAAACAGCUGGAAUAGUUAGAACACGUUAGCAUGGUAGCUGUAUCCGUGUGACGUCACUGCACACACAGUAUUUUGAAAGGCAACUUGGGACUUCACGUCCAUUUUCUUGAAGAGUUUGGUUGACUUAAAAAUAAAUACAAGAUACAUAGGACAUGAAAAAAAAAUGUUUGCAGUGCUCAGAUAAAAAAAACGGGGGCAUAAGGCGGGAGUGGCUGUCCGUCCCCUGACACAAGGAUGAGAAGCUAUUUCUACCUCCCAAGGGUGACAAGAAGAGUUUCCAGAGGAGCCUCCAGGCUUGUGGAGAAAGCAAGGUCUCUUGGUAUCCUUUCCUCAGUGUGUACAUGAUAGCCAGUGUAAUCAAUACCCUAGGUAAUGCGUCUAUACAAGAUAAUCAUCUGUGAAUAUUACUGGUUUUGUAAUCUUUGUUAUAUAAGAGGAUGUUUAGGCUGUACAUACUGGGGUAGAUUAUUGCCUGCCCCUAUACAUAGGAAUAUGCUGCAUAAUUGCAUAUAACUCCCAUCUCCCUUACCAGCUUGUAGGCAGAGGAAACCAUAUAAGUUACUGCCUUGCAAUUUUCUCAUACACCAAAAACCAAACCAAACAAAAUUCAAAUAAAAUAAGCAAUCUCCUAUUCUCAUUCCCUUCCUACAGCAGCAUAUUUUAGAGGCACAUACAAAAUCUACAUUCUCUCUAGUUGGGAGUGGAUUUAAAAAAUUUUUCUUUUAUCUUUUUUUUGUAUGGUACACUGAGAUGUGUACUUUCUAACAGGGGGUUGGUACCUAAGAAAUGAGCUAGCAUUCAGAAAAUUAUUAUACUUCAAAAUGACACAUAGUAAGGAGAAUGGAAUAAUACAUGUUGCAUAUUUGUUACCAAUUGUAAUUUGUCUGUAUUAUGAAAGACGUAAUGGUUUGUCAGCUGUCACUGUCGUUUUCUUGUAACAUGAUAUGGAAUAAAGUAUAGCAGAAUCUCUGUA